ACUGGAAGAAAUGGACUAAAGGUUGAGGCAUCAACAUUUGCUUGCCUUCAAGAUACCAUUGUGGAUUUUACAAGUAAGCAAUCAUCGGAGAAGCUCAGAGUCCACCUCCGAGACUGCGCGGAGAGCAGAAAUCAAGUUGGACCCAACAAUUUCCUCAACCCGAAGCCGGAUCAAACUGACAGGCCACGGUCGGAGAGAGCCCGGUGGGACCUCCCAGUGUCCUGGAAAAAUCGACAGCAUCAAUGAAAGGGCUGAUUCCCUCUCUCAACUGCAGGCUGUUUUUAACAUAGCUAAGAAAGAUGCAGACUAUAGCUGAAAAUGGAGAGCCCCCUUCUGAAAAACAAAAUGAGGAGAAAACAUAUAAAAAGACUGCAUCGUCAGCUAUCAAAGGUGCCAUACAACUGGGAAUAGGAUACACAGUGGGUAACCUUACAUCUAAACCAGAUAGAGAUGUACUUAUGCAAGAUUUCUAUGUAGUCGAAAGUGUCUUUCUUCCCAGUGAAGGAAGCAAUCUGACACCGGCUCAUCAUUAUCCAGACUUUAGAUUUAAGACCUACGCACCUCUAGCUUUCCGUUACUUCAGAGAACUUUUUGGUAUUAAGCCUGAUGACUACUUGUAUUCAAUUUGCAGUGAACCAUUAAUAGAAUUAUCGAAUCCUGGUGCCAGUGGAUCCUUGUUCUUUGUCACUAGUGAUGAUGAAUUCAUAAUCAAAACAGUUCAACACAAAGAAGCAGAAUUCCUUCAGAAACUGUUGCCUGGCUACUACAUGAAUCUCAACCAGAACCCAAGGACGCUCUUACCCAAAUUUUAUGGCCUGUAUUGUGUUCAGUCGGGGGGUAUUAAUAUCAGGAUAGUUGUGAUGAACAAUGUUCUGCCUCGAGCACUGAAAAUGCAUUACAACUACGACUUGAAAGGGUCUACAUACAAAAGAAGAGCAUCCCGAAAAGAACGGGAGAAGUCUAACCCCACAUUUAAGGACUUGGAUUUCUUACAAGAAUUGCACGAAGGAUUAUAUUUUGACUCGGAAACCUAUAGCGCAUUGAUGAAAACACUACAAAGGGAUUGCCGAGUGCUGGAAAGCUUUAAAAUCAUGGAUUAUAGUUUGUUGCUUGGCAUCCACAUCUUGGACAGUUCAGCAAAAGAGAGAGAAGGGGAAUUUUUUCAAAACACUUCUGAUUCUAAACGUCCAGGAGGACAAAGAGUUCUUUAUUCAACUGCUAUGGAGUCCAUUCAAGGUCCAGGAAAAUCAGGGGACUGUGUCAUCACAGAAAAUACCAAUACAAUGGGAGGCAUUCCAGCUAAAAGCUACAGAGGAGAAAAACUGCUGCUAUUUAUGGGCAUAAUUGAUAUCUUGCAGUCUUACAGGUUAAUAAAGAAGUUGGAGCAUUCUUGGAAAGCCCUUGUUUAUGACGGAGAUACAGUUUCAGUCCAUCGACCAAGUUUUUAUGCUGACAGGUUUUUAAAGUUUAUGAGUACCAGAGUAUUCAAAAAAAAUCAGAUUUUGAAGUCAUCUCCUUCCAAGAAGCGAUGCAAUUCUAUUGCUGCUCUAAAAGCUACAUCACAAGAAUAUGUGUCAGUAGUUAGCCAAGACUGGAAAGAUGAAAAGCAUGAUUUACUCACAGAAGGACAAAGUUACUGUAGCCUUGAUGAAGAAGUAUUAGCCUCCCGACAUCAUCCAGAUUUAGUGCCAAGCACAGCAUCUCUGUUUGAAGCCGCUUCUUUAGCAACCACAAUUUCUUCCUCUUCUCUCUACGUAGAUGACCCUUAUCAACAUGAUGGAAUGAGGUUUUAUUCAAACAGUAAAGGGUUGCCUUCAAGUUCAACAUUCACUUUAGAAGACAGUGCCAUCUGCUUGACUUCGGAACAGAGCACGGUAGAAACUGAGACUGAUAAUGCUUCUGUCCUGGAUGUAUAUUUGUAACAGAAGAUGAAAGAAAAUGAACAUAUUUUAACAAAUGCACUUUCUGCACUCCAGAUUUAUGAGGAAAAUUUUUGUUAAGCCUGGUAAACAAAGUCUUAAUCAUCAGAGCUCUACAGAAAUUGUCCAACAGUUCUUGAACUAUAGACAUCCCACCCUAGACACGGCAGAUGAGAUUGGAAACAUUCCACAAUUACUCAUGGCCUGCUGUUGCCUGCUCAACUGUGAAGCCUUGCCUCUUCCAUCCUACUUCUACUUUCCUAUUAUCUUUUCAGGACGUGAAGGUGGUAUUUUCAUUUGCAUGUAUUCCGUGAUCAUGGACAAAAAUAUCUAAUCCGCCUUUCCUAUUUAAAGAGCCAUCUUCACAGUGGUGACUACUUUAUCAAUCAAUUCUGCUUUUCUCCCUUUCCCCCAGAAUUAUGAUUGCUCAUCUGUUAAUUUCAUACAAGAGGUAGUAUGUCUGCACAUAACUUUAUGGAAACUAUCUUCUAUAAAGAAAUGUUCACUAUUUAUUAGUGAAAUACAGAAGCUAUUUAUAACAAAGCCUUAUGUUGUGUACAUAUAUUGUCUUUGAAAUAUUUGUGAUUAGAUAUAUUGCUUGUAAAGG